GUUGUAAACAUAACCUUUUGCGUUGAAUUACUUAUAUUACUGUCUCUUUUGCUGCUUAUAAUAAGAUUAGGGUUUUAUGUUAGGUUUUCUCGCUCGUUUUUUAUAUAAGUAGUAAUAUAGUGCUUGGAGAAUUAAAUACUUUAAUAUUAUUCAUUUUUAUUAAUAUUUUACAUUAUUACGCUAUCAAGUAUGCCUACUUUAACUUAAACGUUACAUGCCUUUCAGUCUGUUGUUGGUAAUUGGUACCAUGGAGUAGCACUAGAGGUUCAACCUACUCCACAGAUAAACCUUCUCUUUCCAAUUCAGUUGAUCGAAGUGGUACCACCAGUCGAUAUGGAAGCAGCUAUCGGUCGCCCAGUACCACAUCGACUCCAGCAUCGAGUUAUCGCUCAUCAGCCACUCCAAGAGCUGAAUCAACCACCAACAGUGCAUCAGCAACCACAUCUAUUCGUGAAAAGUAUGCCGGUAGAACGUCAGCUCCCACUGCUGAGAAAGAAAGUGACAAGCCAGCCGCUAGAAGAUAUGCAAACUCUACAUACACUGUGCCAGAGGCACCCAAGUCCCUUCGAUUUGGAAGCACGAGUAGAUUCGGUGGACCAAUUGCCAGAAGUCCAAUCAGUGAGAAGUCACCCACAGUGUUCGGGGUGUCCGCGGAUCAGGAGCAAUCCAAAGAGAAAAGUACUCCACAAUCAAAUAAUAAUGAAAAGUUGACUGUAGUUACAAGAGGAACAUCGCCCACACCACCGUCUAAUAGUAACUAUUUAAGAAGUAGGCGGGCUGAUCUAGAUAAGGGACUCGAGAGACAAACAUCUCGACCAGCUAUCAAGCCUGAUAGCAUUGAAUCAGAGACUCAGACUGACGAGAAAUGUUUUUCCACAAAGAAAGAAUUAUCUGAAACCAGAAAAAGUGAAAGUGAACCCACUCCUAGAUCGACCUCUACGUGGACGUCUAGGUUUUCAUCUCCUUACACUCCUUCCUUGUCUUCUACGUCAUCCUCCUCAUCUCGCUACACCCCCAGAUCAACCUACAGUACCUACAGUCGGCCCACUGAUCUACCACUGAGAAGUACAACCCUAAGCAGAACUCCUGAUAAAGAGUCACAUUCCAAGUAUUCCACCCCCACUCCUACAACAACCACCCCCACAUCCAUGUCGCCCAAGGACGGAAAGGACCCUGCUAGGUUUGGAGGCUUCAGUUAUGCGCGUCCUACUGAUCUACCCAACCUAAGUCCUGUCCAUAAAGUAGGCUCCACAGAUUUCACAAACGAAACUGAAAAAUGUAAGAGUGUAACCAAACACUCUCCUCUCACCCCAGAGAAGAAAAUAGCUCUACCUGGUCUCACCCCAGAUUCACCAGAGCCUGCUUUUUUCAAUUCGUCUCCACUACGAUCGACAAAUGAUUCCAAACUCACAUCACCCUCUGAUACCAAGAAUCGACUCCCACCUCAAGUUCCAAAAUCAGACUCCUCGAAAACAAACAAAGAUUUUAGGAAAUCUGUGCUUAAUAUGGACUUGUCGAAUAAGAAUGAUGAAACUAGAAAACAAAACAGUUUAUCCCAGAGUAAGUCAAUGGGUAAGCUGGCUGGUAGCCAGAAGUUGCCUGUAGCUAAACUAAAACAACUUGUGAUAUCAAAAACCAUUACAACUUCAUCAAGUAGUGAAGAAGAAUCAAGUACUGAAAGCACUGAAAGUAGCUCUUCAUCAGAAGAGGAUGAGGAAGAUGAUGAUGACGAUGAUGAUGAUGAUGGAGAUGAUGAAGCAACAGUUAGUCCAAAUAAACCAGCUCUUGUCAAAACCUUCACAAAGCAUUUACCUGAGAAAAUGUUAGUUGCCAGCAAGACAACCUCUCAUGUACCAGUAAACUUUAGUGAUGAGUCAUCAAAAUCAUGUGAAAAGCCACCGAGACCCCCACCUAGUCCCAGACCUAAAGUUAUGAAGAAUGAUGAGAUAAAAAAAGAGGAAGCAAAGGCAACAGUUUCAAGACUUUUGGGCCCAGUCUCAAACACAACUCCAUUGAGAUCAGCUAGCUCGAGUGCUGAGGAUUUAUCAGAGAAAGGUAAUAUGAAUGAAUUGAACAGAGUGAAAAGUCGAGGUAAUUUAUUGUUAAAAAGUGGCUCAAAUUCAAGUUUAAAGAAAAGCGCAAGUAAGUCUUCUUUGAAUAAAUCAGCACACAUUUGUGAGAUGAAUGGAGAUGCAAAUCAAAAUCUUCUCACAGUACCUGAUAAUAAUAAUCACAAGUACUGCAUCACUAAGAUUGAAUCUGGUGAGAGAGCUUGGUGGAUGCAAAGUAACUCAGACAUUCCUGGGAAAGGUGUUGCAGACGGUGAUAUUUCCAGAUCAGCUAGUAAAGCUGAAAUUAGCAAGGCUGAGAGUAAUGGAGAUUUGAUCAGAAGAUCAGCAAGUAAGUCGGGGAUAAACAAGUCGAUGAGUAGAUCAGAAAUGAUUCCGAAAUCUCCCAGUAGAUCAGAGAUGAUUCCAAAGUCGCCCAGUAAGUCGCCCGAGAUGUUGUCUAGAUCUGCAAGUAAAGCUGAAAUCCUAGCAAAAUCUAGAAGUAGAUCGGAUUUGAGUAGAUCUAAGAGUAGAUCCGAAUUGUUGAACAAGUCUGCAAGUAAAGCUAAUUUGAUAAGUAGGUGUGGGAGUAGAGUGGAUGUGGGUGGGGAGAAGUCACCCUUCAAGAUAACGAGGAUCGAGUCGGGCGAGAGAGCAUGGUGGAUGUCGAGUAGCACAGACAUACCUGGUGGCGCUGAGAACAAUGAGAGCGUGCCAUGUUCUCCACAGAUUGCAGUGAGGAAAAUUGAUUCGGGAGAAAAAGGUUGGUGGCAGCAAGACAGUGGUGGUGAGAAUACCUCAAGUGGGAUCGACCCUGUCCCCAAGGACUCCUCAAGUGGUGAUCUGUUGGAGGAAACAGGCAGUCAGAAUGAUCGCAAUGAAAUGGAGCCCAAUAUGGCGGCUACACGAAUGUGGAAAAUGAGGAGAAUGGACUCUGGAUGCCUGGAAUGGUGGCUGGAUUCGGACGAGGAGCGGAAGAGGAAAGAGGAGAAGAGAAAAGCUAUCAGGGAGAAACCUUACAUUGGACGGUUCACGAAUGUGGACGACCUGCUCGGCUGCCAGGCACCCCCUCCCUGUGCAUUCCGCACCCCGAGGAACACUUCAUCAGAAGAAUCUUCCAGUGAAGAUGAAUGCUUCUUGACUGCUGAUCAAGUUAGGAUACAUGAAGGAUCACCGCCACCUAGGAGAAACAUAGCUGGUGAAGCAAAACCUGGAAUGAUUAAGCUGGAUGACACAGCUCUACAACUCUAUAAAGAUGGCGACUAUGGCUCCUAUCUGGACCUGGAGGCUUCCAUCAACGAGCAGCAUGAAGAGUUCGAAGACUUCCAAACAAACCGAAAAAAUUCAAUUGUUCUGCGAACUCAACUGUCAGUGCGAGUCCACACAAUUAUUGAAAAACUCAUGAAGUCAGAGGGAAAAGAGUUGAGGAGAUCGUUAUUUUCUUUGAAACAAAUUUUCCAGGAAGACAAAGACCUUGUCCAUGAAUUUGUUCAGAACGAUGGACUUGCCUGCCUCAUUAAAGUUGGAUCAGAUGCUGAUCAAAACUAUCAACACUAUAUUUUACGAGCUCUGGGACAGGUGAUGCUGUACGUGGAUGGUAUGAACGGAGUGAUAGAGCACCCGGGAACAAUACAAUGGCUGUACAGCCUUGUGUCUUCCAAGUUCCGCUCGGUGGUGAAGACGGCUCUCAAGUUACUGCUGGUGUUCGUCGAGUACGUGGAGACCAACUGUGUGCUGCUCGUCAAGGCGAUUCGCGCAGUCGACUACGUGCAUAGUACCAAGCCAUGGUCGAAUAUAAUGAAACUGCUUAAAGACUACGAUUCAGCAGAUACUGAACUCCUAAUUUACGCCACAACGUUGAUCAAUAAAACACUGAAUGGGUUGCCCGAUCAAGACUCUUACUAUGAUCAAGUCGAUGCUUUGGAGGAACAGGGUUUCGAAUCUAUUAUUAGGAGAUACAUGUCCAAACAGGGAACCGAUCUCGACCUGCUUAGACAAUUUCAGAUUUAUGAAGCUGUUCUACAGCAUGAAGAUGGCGAGGAUAAAGGAACUCCACUCAAACAACUGGAUGAAGCAAUAAGAAAAACGUUAAGAAAUCGGAAAUGCUUGACAGCAACACUGCCUUAUGUUGAGCGUCGUAAAUCUAGAAGACAUUCAACAGGAACUUCUCCAUCCGCUCUCACUUUGAACCUCAGCAGGCUCCAGGUUGAACCAGACAAAACAAACGACGAUUAUCAUAAUGAGAGAGACGUCGGUGUGACGCCUGCUCUGAGGAGGAGGAGAGAGAGAGCGGAGAGGCAGAGGAGUUUUAUCAAGGAGCAGCGGGAGGCGAGUCUCAGGGUGUCCGUCAGCUCCACUGAUCAGUCAGGCAGUGAAGAUGGUGGCAGUGUGCAGCAGAAUGGCAGCCACGCAACUCAGAACGGGGACUCGGAGGAGCACCCAGUGUGCAAUGGCGAUUCGACUACAUCGCCGCUGCGUCGUGAUAACACUGUCAAGGAUCUUAGUCAGAGGCUGGCAUCAACACUCAACGGAACUGAUGCCUCCAACAUGAAGGGUCUCAUUUCCAAAGCCAAAGAAGGACUGGCACUUGCCAAAUCUCAGUCGCGAGGCGACAUGCUGAAGAGUCCGACGACGGAGACGCCAGCGGUGACCCGAGCUGCCGAAGUGAAGAAGUCGGAGACCGAGCUGCACUGGGAGGAGCUGCUGGCCAGCACGACCCGCGAGCUCUCCCUCUGUGACCUCGACUUCCGAGACCUGGCCAGCGACGAGGACCGUGACGUCCUGGCUCCCACCCGCUGCUCCAACGGCAUCCCUCCUCCGCCCCCUCCGCUCUGUGGCAUCAUGCCCCCUCCCGCUCCCCAGGUGCCCCCUGGACCCCCCUGCUCCCUCGCCCCUGUCCCCGCCCCGCCACGUCUCACCUCGCCCAUCAGAAAGCAGAAGAAGACUGUCAAGCUGUUCUGGAAGGAAGUAAGAGAAGAUCCUCUUGUGAUAACCAAAAUGAACUCUAGAGAACUGAUUUGGGACGAACUGAGUCCAGUAACGAUUGACACUCAGAAAUUGGAACACCUCUUCGAGUCUCGAGCUAAAGAUCUCAUCACUAAGGAGAAACAACAAGAGUUAAAUAAGAACAAGGAGAUAAUAGUUCUUGAUCCGAAACGAUCGAAUGCAAUCAAUAUAGGAAUGACCAAGCUACCUCCACCAAGGUCCAUCAAGACUGCUAUUUUGAAAAUGGAUUCGACGGUUAUGAAUAGGGAAGGAAUUGAAAAACUCUUGUGCAUGCUUCCAAGCGAAGAAGAAAGAUCUAAAAUCCAAGAUGCGCAAGCUGCAAAUCCAGACCUUCCUCUAGGCAGUGCCGAACAAUUCCUUCUCACUCUUGCUUCAAUCACCGAACUGCCGGCUAGGUUGAAACUAUGGGCCUUCAAACUCGACUAUGAAAAUUGCGAGAAGGUCAGCAACCCUUUCAUCCAUCACUUGUACUCUUUCAAAACAUCAUAUUGAUCGCUCAUUCUUCAAAUUCAAAUAAAAACUAUUGUGAUAGGUCUACUAAUCU